AUGGCCAUGGCUGAGCGGCCUCGGCCCGGAUGGGCCUCAUAUCACAACCCUAAUACCAACAGCUGCCAGGACCUGGGCAACUCCAUCCUGUUGCUGCUGGGCCUCAUCAUCUGCAUUAACAUCGGCAUCAAUAUGGUGACCCUGCUCUGGAGCCGAGUCCGUGGAAUCUUACACAGAGUGUUCCAUCAUAUCAUUUGUGAGAAAGAAGUUCCUAAGUCUUGCUCACCUAGGAAGCAGAAGAAACCCUCAAAGAAGCAGAGCCCCCCUGAAGUCUACCUCCGGUGCACCAUGGAUCCCAUGAAAAUGACUGUGACACCCCCUCCCACUCGCCACCAUCGCCAUCGAGGCUCUUCAACACACCAUGCCCACCACCCAGUAGCUUGGACCCCUGACACUGAUGAUGAGAAUCCCCGGCAUCAGUACCCAGCAAUCUGCUCCCACCAUUAUGAUGGCCCUGAGGGCUGGGCAGACUUCCAGUCCACCCACGAGAUCUGGGCUCCCUGGACUCAGGACAUUCCAGAGCCACCUCCCCAGACCAUCCGCUUCCAGCAAAUGGCAGAAGAAAGGCCCUUUAAAACAGAGAUCCAGUCAGAGCUGGGUCUACAGGCCUAUGUGUACCCUGUGAACCCCCCACCUCCCAGCCCCAAGGCCCUGUGCCACAAGAACAGUGGGGCAGGGACAGGAGCAGAGGUGGAGGUGGCUCAGUGCCAGCCUCCCCACCCACCUGCCCUAGGCCCAGCAAUUGUCCCUGAUAUCCCUCAGCGUCGCUCCUCAGGCCAAAUAGUGUAUGAUGCCCAGGACGUGAGGCGGCGUCUUCGAGAACUGACUCGGGAGGUAGAGGCUCUGUCCCAUUGUUACCCCAUGGCCUCCAGAUCUAGCACUGCGGAAGGGACAGGCAAGGACUGGGUGUACCGUUCUCUGAAUAGGAGGUGA